AUCUGAUCCUUCACCCAAUUCCUGACCGAGCGAGAGCUUCGGUAGCUAUUGCAAGAUGCCAAACGUUUUUAACGUCCCAGUCUUCUUCAUUUGCUUCCGAGAGUGUUUGGAAACGAGCAUCAUCGUCUCUGUGCUUCUCGCUUUCCUCAAGCAGACCCUAGGCCCUGAGCACGAUGCUGCUGUCCACAAACGCCUCGUGCGUCAGAUUUGGUACGGUGUUGGCGCAGGUGUCUUCAUCUGUCUAAUCAUCUGCGCUGGUGUUAUCGGCACGUUUUAUACAGCCGGAAGGAACGCUUUUGAAGCGGCAGAAAACAUAUGGGAAGGAGUCUUUGCACUCCUCGCAAGCGUCAUCAUUACAGUCAUGGGCGCUGCCCUACUCCGUGUCAGCAAACUUCAAGACAAAUGGCGUGUCAAGAUUGCCAAAGUACUGGAGCAAAAGGAUUCCAAGCUGCCUAUCAAGGGCAAAUUGAAGAAGUGGAGCGAGAAGUAUGCGAUGUUCAUCUUGCCAUUCAUUACCGUGCUACGUGAGGGCAUUGAAGCAGUGCUGUUCAUUGCAGGUGUCGGACUCGGCGCGCCAGCGACAAGUUUUCCAUUCGCCGUCAUCUGUGGUCUUGGUGCAGGUGUUUUUAUUGGAUUUCUUAUCUACAAGGGCGGUAACAAGACGUCGCUACAAAUCUUCCUUGUUGUGUCCACGUGCUUUCUGUAUCUCGUGGCUGCAGGCCUGUUCUCAAAGGGUGUCUGGGAUCUUGAGCAGAAUGCGUGGGUCAAGCUUGCUGGAGAAGGCGCCGCAGAAGCUGGUACAGGACCUGGUAGCUACGACAUUAGGAAAAGUGUUUGGCAUGUCAACUGUUGUUCUCCACUAGAGAAUGGCUCAGGCGGCUGGGGAAUCUUCAACUCUUUGCUCGGGUGGCAAAACAGCGCAACCUAUGGCUCCGUCAUCUCAUACAACUUGUACUGGCUCGUAGUGAUUCUAGGCUUCCUCUUUCUCGGCUGGAAGGAGAGCAAACAAAACAUUGCCCAAGAUGCCGGGAGCACAAGCGAUACCUCCAGCGACCAAGGCGAGAUUGCAGGAAAGAAGGGCAGCAGUGAGGGCAUCACUAUCGCGACCGUAGCCCGGGAAGUUGAGUAA